AGAAGUGGCACCGGAAGUGAUUGUAGCUACCGCGGCUAACAUGCUAACCUCUUCUAUCACCUUCCACAUCAGUUACUGUAAAACAUAGUGAACCACCAGAGCCUGUGUGUACAGACACACUCGUGUAGGUGGACUUUGUGUGAAACUUCGGGAUGUUUUCCCCCAAGACGUGUCUCCUGUUAGCUCAUAAUGCUAAAGGCAGUUAGCCUAGCUUGCUAGCUGGAAUUGGACGGAUACUGAACUCGUCCAAACAGUUAACUUAAAUGGAGACCAGGCUGUUUGUCACCUGUCGGUUAUAAUUAAACAUCUGAAUUAUCUGUUUGUGUCCUGCGAAGCUAAUGAAGCUAAAUUGUCUGUAAAUGUUAAUUAAACACUUAGUACUCAACUAACUGCGGCUGCUGAAGAGAAUCUGAGCUGUUUGAAGGAAGAUGACGGAGAAGGAGGACGAACAUAAACUACAAAACACAGACGUCCAGCAGCUGUUGGUGAUUAAAGAAAAGGUGGAGUGGAGCUCCAGUCUGGACCAGCAGGACCCACCAGAGCUGCCACACAUUAAAGAGGAACAGGAGGAACUGUGGACCCGUCAGGAGGGAGAGCAGCUUCCAGGGCUGGAGGAGGCUGAUACCAGGUUCACACUCAGUCCUGUCACUGUGAAGAGUGAAGAAGAUGAGGAGGAACUUCAGUCCUCACAGCUUCACCAAAUCAAAACUGAAGAGUUCAGAGAUGGAGAGCUUUUGAAAACAGAAGCUGAAGGAGAGGACUGUGGAGGACCAGAACCAGUCAAGGACUCAGAUCCAGACAGUCAUUUACAACCAGCUGAUGAGGACAAGACGUCACACUCCUCUGAACCUGAGACUGAUGACAGCUGGGACUGGGAGGACACCAGAGAACCUCGGUCAGGUUUAAAGCGUCUGCAAAACAAUGAAGAACCUGUAGGUGACGUGAAAUGUAAUGUUGGAGGGAAACCUUUUAAUUGCACCAUUUCUGGUAAAAGAUACCCGCAGAGGAACUCCUUAAACGAUCAUAUGAAACUUCAUUCUCAAAGUAAAGGAUUCAGCUGCUCAGUCUGUAAAAAAAUGUUUCCAUGUUCCAGCUGUGAGCACCGGCCCUGCUUCAGUGGUCAGAUGGUGUCUGCUCCAAGAACCGGCACGCCACGUUUGACUCAUCAGGAUCGGGCCUGUGCGAUGGGGAAACUUCAAGCUGGUGUUCCGCAAAACCAGGUUGCUGCAUUAUUGGGAGUGAGCCCGAGUACCAUCUCCAAACUGAAGGCCAAGUUCCGUUUGACGGGGGACGUCAUAGACAGGCCGAGAAGUGGGCGUCCCAAGAAGACGACCCCCCAAGAAGACCGUUUCCUUACGCUGUCAGCUCGUAGGAACCGCUGGCAGUCUUCUACAGAUUUACAGUCAAAGUUUGCUGGGCGAUAUGGCCGACGACUUUCUGCACAGACAAUCCGGAACAGACUGCACGCAGCCGAUCUCCGGUCUCACAGGGCUGCCAGGAGGCCGACGGCGACCGCCCGACACCGUCAGGCCCGCUGAACGAUCGUAUGAAACCUCAUCCUGAAGGAAAACAGUUCAGCUGCUCAGUCUGUAAAAAAAGGUUUCAGUGGCGAGCAGGACUCGAGAGUCACACGAGGAUCCACACAGGAGAGAAACCGUUCAGCUGCUGCUUCUGUGGGCUGGAAUUCACACAAAACUCCAGUUUGACCUCACACCUGAGAGCUCAUACAGCAGAGAAACCUUUCAAAUGCUCAGUUCGUAAAACAAGAUGUAAUUUGUCCAAACACAUGAGAUCACAUGCUGGAGACAUGGACCAGUAGGUCUGAACCAACAAGGACCUGAACAGUUCUAGACAGUGAUAAGCCUCUGAAAUAAGUUGUGCCUCAUCUUUUCAGCUCAGUUGAAGCCACGUGAUCAACUUAGUUAUGUUUUCAUUCGUGUUUACAUCACUUUAUUGUUUUUCAGUCCAGCUUUUGAAAGUUGUCAGUUCAGAUUGUCUGGACAUGUUCAAAUACUUUUUUUUUUUUUUUUUUUUUUUUUUCAGAUUCCUGUGCUUUAAAAAAUGCCAUGUGAAUGCUGUCAUUGCUUGAUCUGGUUCAGGUUAAAUCCUUUUGUACAACAUGAACUUUGCUGGAGAAUCCUUGAAGUCUUGUGCUGUUUUGGGCCACUUGUGCUGUAAAAAAUUUUUGUAAAUAAAUUACAGCUUUUUCAGAAUAAA